AUGGCCACUUUCCUAGAACGGCUGGACGCCCAACUGGCCUCCUUCCUGUCCGACUGGAACCUCAACUCCACCGUCCUGGUUGUCAUCAUCGCAUCCCUCAUCCUCUACCCCAUCCUCUUUCCCGUCGAAGCCGACACCCACCCUCUCCUCCUCGCCCGCCAAUCAGCCCUCGACCCAAUCCGGAACAAAUUCCAAAGCGCCAUCCAUCGCUCCCCUGAAGCCCCUCCUGGCCAGGGCCUCAAAUCCGGCUUCGACCUGAAAGACGCCGGAGCAGCCCGGUGGGCAGCGGGCCGAGAUGGCGAUCUACGAGAUAUAUGGAGGGAGGUGCUGAUGGCGGGGACGAUGCAGCCGGGCUGGGCGAGAGACGGGUCGAGCGAGGAGAAGCUGGUGCCCACUGGCAAGAUCCAGACUGUGCUGGGACGAGAAGAGGUUGUGGAGCAUGACGUGCAACAGAUGAGCAAGCAGAUUCAGAUUAUCGGGCAGCACUUGAAGGCCAAGGGGUGCAAAAAAGUGGCAAUAUACUUGCCGAAUAAUUUGGAAUACUUGUUGACUAUUUUCGCCUGCUCCUUCUACGGCAUCAGCCCGAUUCUGCUGCCGUACAACCUCCCGCAUCCAGCUGCUUACGCCUUGAUCAAUGCCACGACUGCCGAUGGGCUGGUCUGUGCUGCGGGUAGUCUUCCGUUGGACGGAGUCGCCAAAGAGUGCUCGAAGAUCCGCAGCCUCGUCUGGGUGGUGGAGAAGACCAGCAGACACAUGGACUGGCACGGCGUCCCUCACUUCGCCAAAAACCGCUUGACCGUCAAUGUCUGGCAUGAUGUCGUUCAAGAGAACCUCUCCAAGACCGAUGACGAUCUUCCGACCAACGCCAGUGGAGACGCCCCCACGGACAUCAUCACGUUCUGGGAUUCGCCCACUAAGCCCCAGAUUGUUCCUGUGUCGCAUGGAAACAUGGUGGCCGCCAUCGCCGCGCUCAUCUCUGCGCUCCCAUCUGCCCAACGAGUCGGGCCUGGCGACGUCGUCUUACCAGCCUCCAGCUUUCACCAGCCUUACGUCUUAUGUCAGACCCUUGCAGCCCUGUACACCCACGCCGAUCUAGCGAUUACCAGCGUGGCGCAACCUGGCGUGGAAAUGGCCACCGCGACCCGCGGAAUCCGACCAACGGCCGUCAUCGCCUCCGCCGAGACACUCCACACACUCCAUAAGAACGAGCGAUACAGACGAAACUCGGUCGUGGAGGAGGUCGCCAAGUACGGCUAUUCGCGCUCGCUGGCAGCCGGGCAUUUGCCAAAACAGAGCAGUCUCCUCUUCCGCAUGCUUUCUCCCUCCAACUUGAUCUCGCAAGGCACCAAACCCCUCGAACUCCGUCUCAUCCUUACUUCCGACCGUUUGGACACCCCCACACCUGCACUCACCUCGCGCACGCUCUCGGAGCUGCGCAUCAUGACUCGCGCGCGCAUCUGCUACGCUCUGACCGCCCCUCGAGUCGCCGGUGCAGUCGCGCAAACGCACGUGUACGAUUAUCGGGUACACCACGAGAGAGACAGCGUGUCGAAGAAUUUCGGCAUUCCACUUUCAUCCGUCGAGAUCUGGCUCGAAGAUAAGAACGACGACGCGAAGGUGGGUGGUGCGCAACCAGAGGGCGAGAUCGUCGUCAGCGGUCCUGCGGUCAGCGGCUACAAUCGUAGCACCGGGAAGGGGGCGGUGAAGUUGGGCGUCAAGGGAAAGUUUGGCGAGGAUGGAACGUUGAGUCUUUCGUACGUGACUAGGCAGAAGAACUGA